CGCAUCGUUGUUUCGGAAAGGUGUUGGGACCUCGGUGCUGGUGAAGAAGGGGAUCUGCGUCUCGAAGCAGACAUCCGACGACGUGGCAAGAUACAGGUUUCGUCCAGCUGCUUUCCUCCACCAGUCCUGAUCCCUUCUUCGAGAGAGGGCAGAUUCGGGGAAUUCGUGUGGUAGUCCAUUCUGACACCAACCAAUGGACAUUGCGAUGGCCGAUAAAUUCCCACAGCACGACAUCUGGCCUGUUGCCUCAUAUUAAUACUGGCUACCAAAUCGAGGUGAUGAGGUUGCUCUGUUGACAGAGUUAGGGUGCAGCUGACGCUUUGUUUCAUAGGACGGACGAGGCUGGGGUGGAAUAUGAUAGUUAAGGACUAUUACCAUCAACGCGCCCGAUGAGAUAUAAACCGCUUAACCUCUGGGGCCGGAUGCGCUUGAUUUUGGUCACCAGCUGUGUGAUUCCACGCCCAAUAACUGUUUCCGGUUGGUGGAAGUAUGCUCAUCCGAUGGUGGACCCUGGAGCAGGGACUGCAUAUUAUGCAACUGACUCUUCUAGCGCUAGAUACGACAGGGAUUACGUUUUGAUCUCGCGCGGAGCUGCGCCAUCCUCGCCAGUUGGAUCGAGGAUCCAGGACAACGUACGGUAUCAUUGUCCAGAGAUUGUCGAUGCCUACCAGUAAUGACCAUCAUGAGUGGUUCGCACCACGGAUCCACAUUAGCAACCAUCAGAAGCAUUGAUAUCUGAUUAGGAGGAGAACGCCAGCAUGGCUACGGUCCAGUUCACCGAAGUCAAUGCAAAUCCGGGGCGGUUCCGUCCUUUAGGGAUCAACAUCCGAUCGAAGGCCUUAAAUUAACUAGAAUACGGUGUGCAUGUUAUCUAUGACAGCCGCCACGACUCAGGCUGAAUUGAAUAGGUGAGUCAUUUCGGCGCUGACUCCUGACUGCCAGAACCACUUCUUCAGUUGUCCCUUGCCCCAAACUCGAUCGGCGAACGCAUUCCAAGGAAGAUCUUGGCUAGAAAGGAGAAUGGCCAGUCGUGUCGGUUGUGCUGAACAGUCGGGUAUCGGGUGGUGUACUGUGUCCCAGACCACGGGCCAACAAAGGAUGGGAAGUUCCGCUGAAUUCCCACACUAGAAACCGGCACUCCAC